AUGGCUGCAAAGAUACCCGAAGGGAGUAAGAAAAAUAAAGUUUCCUUUACAGAGGAAGACAUAGAAAGAAUCAUCAGUCUUUGGUCAACCAAGGAAGUUUUAUACAGAUGUUCUCACCAAGACUAUUUUAAAAAGGAUUCAAGAGCUGCAGCACUUGCUGAUAUUGUUUCCAAAGCGGACAUUCCUGGUAAGCUCAAGGGGCUAACAGGUACCAAGAAGGUCCCAUUCAGGAAGUGGUAUGGUUGCUUAGGAGAAUUACAUUCUUUGAUUCCCAAAGAUACUAAAUCAGUGAUCCUAACAGCAACUGCCACCAAGGCAACCAAGGAACAAAUAAUGGAAACCCUGAACCUGUCACCAAAGGAUGUGCAAAUGAUCCAGCAGAGUCCUGACAGGCCAAAUUUAUUUUAUUCUACACAAUAUGUAGAUAAAAAUGAGCCAUUGGAGAUUGUGUUUGGGUGGCUUAUUAAUGAAGUUGAUGAUAUGGGUGCAAACACGCCAAGAACAUUAAUAUACUGUCAAACACGAAAGCAGUGUUCAGUUCUGUACCGAAUGUUUGAAGUUUUUUUGGGUCUGAAGAUGUACAGUGGUGGAGUAACCAAUCCACAAAAAAGACUGGUUGAAAUGUUUCAUGCUGGCACCCCUAAAAGAGUUAAGGAACACAUAAUCGAAAAUAUGGCAAAGGAUGAUGGACAUUUACGAGUUGUCAUUUGUACUGUUGCCUUCGGCAUGGGUAUCAAUUGCAGGAAGGUUAGACAGAUUGUGCAUUUUGGACCAUCGAAGACAGUGGAACAGUAUGUUCCAGAGUGUGGGCGUGCUGGACGGGAUGGACUUCCAAGCUCUUGCAUCCUGCUGUUCAAUGGACUACUGUCAGCACACUGUGAUAGGGAUAUGAAGGCUUAUGUCCAACAAGAAGGAUGCUCGAGUAUAUGGUUAAUGAGCCAUCUUGAAAGUAAAGUGGCAAGUAACAGUUUACUUCACAAAUGCUGUGGACAAUGUGCAAUGAAAUGCAGGUGUAGUGACAAGGAUUGCAGGGUGCUUUGGAGUCCCAAUUUGAAUGGAGAUACAACAAAAAAGUCACCAGUCCAGAAAUUAAUGACCACCAUYAAUGCACAUGCUCAUCAUGAAAGAGCCAAAUUUACAAGAGUUGUCAGUGAACAACAAAGGGAGAAACUGAGAUUGGAACUUCAUUGCUUCCAGCGAGAAAUGAUGAAGGAGGUACAAGUGGAYACUAUGGUGACAUGUCCCAAUGUACUCAUGGAGUUUAAUUCUUUCCAUAUUAAUCAAGUGAUUGAACACUGCAGCAUUCUUUUUACCAUCCAAGAUGUUGUAGAGUUGGUAGAAAUAUGGAGAAUGAAAUAUGCCACUGCCAUUCUCACAGCUUUAGACAAAGUCUUCAGUGAUAUAGAUGCUGCUGAAAUACAAAUGGAUGUGUUUCCACCUGAAAUGUCAAAUUAUUCUGACUGGAGUCAAGUCAGGGAUGACACCACAYUGGUAGGGAUGUUGAACAGCCAAGAUUUAGAGGAUCUAAGUUCUUUUAACACAUGUAUGGACACAGCAGACAGUACUUUUUUAGAUACUUCUUAUCAGAGUUUGAGUACUGCUUAG